UGCGCGCCGUCGCGCGCGAAUUAUAGAUUCGGUGGCAGGAAGUCGUUUCGCGUCAAAGUGUCACGUUUUCUUGGUGAUUUCGUGGCAGGUGGCGGUCUGCGGUGCGUCCGAUCAAUCUGUCGCGACCACCGCACCGGAAUACAUGGCCCAUCAGCCCUGGUUGUACCCUUGCGGUAGCUUAACGCCGGAACAAGAGGACGACAUGUCCAAGAUACUCAAGCUGGUGCUGCUGGAGCUGAGAAUCGUGUACUUCAACAAGUCCAUCUCGCAGUUCGAAGCGUACUCGGAGGAGCCUACGAAGAACCUGCAUAUAUCGCACAGUUCUCGCAACAGUCUGAACUGGUUGCCCAACAAGAACCAGCUGGCGUGUUUUUACAGAGAGAUUUGCAACUUGGACAAGCCGGUGAGAAGAAAAGUUGCGCAUAUCCUUCCGCAUUUGUACAACAUGCUUCAGAGGUUUGACAUCACGUUCUACGCUCUGAAAGAAUUUCAAUACGACGAGAUCGAGCCUAUCGUUCAGGGAGAAGGAGGAAGCAAAGUCACGCUCAAGACUAAACGACACGAAUUCUUUUUGAAGCUGCACACUUACAAUUUACAGAUCAUGUGCGAGGUCCAACGGGGUAUCAAAAAGUUGAAACUGAAACUGCCCGCUCCGGAAACGAUGCAGAUCGUGAUGGACAAUCCGCAUUACAAGAGUCGCAGCAAUCAGAUGACCGAUAUGAUACUUCAGGACAAGGGUGUGCUGGCCAUGUACAAGACUUUCUUGCACGAGUGGAUGAGGAUUAUUCGCGCGAUUCGCCAGCCCGCGCGUUGCGCACCGGUGAAGAAUCAAACGAUGAAACAGAUCGGCAUGGAGGAACACGCGAGUCGUCACGCGUACUCGUCUCUGCGACAGGUUACGAAGCACCGCGUUCAACAUCAACCCGUGAUAAGACAUAGCGCGUAUCAGGGAGGUGUGAAGAAUCAAAUCAAGCGCGCGAAGAAUUCUCAGCUUGAUCUGACGAGCGCUACGCACGUCAGAAAGCAGAGAAAAUGGGCCAGAAUGAGGAGGCAAAGAAAAAAACCGUUCGCAAAGAAAUGCAAGUGGGGCGUGUAAAACCGUAAACCCCAACAGCGCAAGUCUCUAACUUGGAUCUGGCUCCGAGAGAUCUUAGACGCUGCUCUGUUUGAAACGUCGAAAUGUAUAUUUAUUAGAUUGGACUUCAACACUCGCGUCACGAAUAACGAACGGCUGAUUUAACGUCCGUGCGAUUUUUAUACUCUAUCGUGCUGGGAUCACUCGUUAUUCAGUUUUGUUACACAAUGAAUCGAGUGAGUGAUUUGGAUCGGUACUUCGCAAACUCGUCAAUCGAAUCGCGACCGAUUAUUCUUAUAAGAGAGAUUAGCGUUAAGAUUAUUCUCUGCAGCCAUGUGAAGCGGUUUACUUUAGCUUGAUAAAAUUGUCUUCGCCAGAUAGGACGGAUCCUGAUUGUGUUUCACGGCUGCGCGUACUAGGGACCAGUAUUAAGAGAUCUAUUUUUACUUGGAAACAGUAUUAUAUCUCAUAACGUGUAUUUAGAUCGUAAGAGUUACAUCUAAAAAUAUAGCGUGCGUAGGUGAUAAUGAGAGAAACUUUAGAAUCGAACUAUAUAAAAUAUCGGAAUAUCGUGACUACGAUUUGUGAAAUCUGUUGUAUCGCGCAAAAGAAAUGUCAAACUCCCGUACCAGAGCAUUUAACCGAGAAAACGAAAGACAAUGUGUUAUCACAAUUUUGUAAUUUUUUUUUUUUUUUUUUUUUUUUUUUUUUUUUUUUUUUUUUUUUUUUUGUUAGAAGCAAGUACUUACGCGAUCAGAGCUAAUCAUUGUGUAAACUAACGUGUAUGUUUUUGGAACCAAUUCCAAAAACCUUACACGUGAUUGCUGCUCUGAUCUGAGAUUCAUAGUAUUCACGGUCGGAUUUUGUUUGAGAUCGUCUUCAGACGGAAGCUAAUGAGACGGUUCGUACCGUUCAUCAUCUUAAAAUUUAAGAAUUACGAAUAUAUGAGACCUCACUCUGCCGAGUGAACAACGUAAUCUGUGCGCGAUGCGCAAAUGUCGAUAGUACGUGAAAGGAUUGACAACGAGUUCGGCACAUUUAGAUGGCGAGAAACGUGAAACUUAUUUAUUGUAGCUUUAACUCGCGAGCGGAUGAGCUUAAUUUUGUUUUAGCUGUGAUAUCCCGAACGUACAUUAACGUACAGAGUUCCUACAUUUAUAUAUACUUGCAUGUACAUAACAUACACACGCACACAUACAAGUACACACACAUUACUGUAUCAUGUAAUACACACUAUAUAGAUAGACAUCGUGCUUGAGAACAUGUACAAUACGUACUUUAGAACGUAAGCAAUUCUUCUUUUUCCCGUCGCACGUAGAAUCUCUCUUGUCGCGCAAAACGUGACGACAUCCCAUUUUCUCAAGCUGGUUUCCGCGUUGACCACGACUGACGUCGCGCGCAAAUCGCGCGAGAAACCGAGCGAAUUUCAGCGGAAUCGAAUUUUUCGAGGAGAUUUCGCGGUUCCUUUCUUUAGAUCAGAUUUUUUUUAGUAUAGUAGCCGACAGUGCGCCGAUAGAGCUCGACAAGGUGUAUCGUUAAGAAAGUGUAAGAGAAAUCACGCACGCGUGUGCGUUUGAAUUCUGACCUGCGCAUGUAAUUUUAUUCCACGACGUUGCGCACUUGAGUUUUACCUGUUGUACACGUAACGUAUACGUACGAUAGAGUAGAAAUAUUUGUAAUUGCGUAUUCAAUGUUUCUUUUUUUUUUACACACUGUACUUAAGCUCGAUCGUAAUUUAGUUUUGUUACAUAACUUUUUUUUGUACCGCGAAUACGCCGCGAUAUUGAACGUAGAUGCGUAUUUUUUUUCUUUUUUUUUUUUUUUUUUUGGCUUAGAACAUUCUGUUCCCGAUACACGGUAGAAUAUUUAUUCGGACACGUUUCCACGACGUUUCUCUAUUUAUUGUAUCACGUUACCAUUGCAUGUAUUAUACGUAUAUACAUAUAUAUAUAUAUAUAUAAUAUAUAUUUAUUGUCAUUGCUUUAUUUAUACGCAACUGUCUCGAAUAAAUACGAUAUUUUGUAUCACGAA